UAAUAAACAAUUAUACAACGCCGACCUUCCGUUCUCCAUCGCCACUUCGCGUUCUCCGAUCGCCAUGCCGACGUCGCCCAAGGUCUUCCGUUCCCACCCACUGCCCUCUCGUCUUCGCCGCUUCUUCUCCUCCUUCUUUGGGUUCUACGCCACCUUCCUCCUCUUCGGUGUUGCUGGCUUCCUCGUCGGAUCCCUUUCCGUCUCCAGACCUCUGAUUUUUAGCAGGGAAUGCAGUGAUUUCAAACCGACCUCUGUAUCUGUGGCAUGGGAUCGAGGCGAUGGGGCCGGUGGAUUUGGAGGUGGAUCGCUGGAGCGGCAUAAGGUGUUGGGCUUCGUCGGAAUCCAGACAGGAUUCAGGUCCACUGGGAGGCGGAGAUCUCUCCGGAAAACUUGGUUUCCUUCUGAUCGCCAGGGCCUUAUUCGUUUGGAAGAAGAAACUGGUUUGGCUUUCAGAUUCGUCAUUGGCAAAACCAAUGAUGAAAGAAAAAUGACUGCUCUUCAAAAAGAAGUUCAAGAAUAUGAUGACUUCAUGCUAUUAGACAUCGAGGAACAAUACAGCAAUCUCCCAUACAAAACCUUAGCAUUCUUCAAAGCGGCAUAUGCAUUGUUUGAUGCUGAUUUUUAUGUGAAAGCAGAUGAUGACAUUUAUCUACGACCAGAUCGCCUUUCAUUACUUUUGGCUAAAGAGCGUUCUCACCCUCAGACUUACCUCGGAUGCUUGAAGAAAGGUCCUGUAUUCACUGAUCCGAAAUUAAAAUGGUAUGAACCUCUAUCAUAUUUGCUUGGGAAGGAGUACUUUUUACAUGCGUAUGGUCCCCUAUAUGCCCUUUCCACAGAUGUUGUUGCAAGCUUGGUGGCUCUAAGAAAUAGCAGCUUCCGAAUGUUCAGCAAUGAAGAUGUUACCAUAGGAGCUUGGAUGCUCGCAAUGAAUGUCAACCAUGAGCACAACCAUGCUCUCUGCGAGCCUGAUUGCACACCAUCAUCAAUUGCUGUUUGGGAUAUUCCACAAUGUUCAGGGCUCUGCAAUCCAGAGGCGAAGUUGCUCUUACUACACCAAAGAGAAAUUUGUUCGAGAAGUCCAACAACAGUUUCUGGUUCCUGAUAGACAGAAUCGAAUCUCGAUUAAUCCGAAAGAUUCAACAAGCUUUGUGAAGUUUAGUUUGUGUCAGGGCUGUAAACCCCCAAGCCAAAGUUGCUGUUACUACACCAAAGAGAAAUUUGUUCAAGUUCAACAACAGUUUCUAACUCCUUACAGGGAAUUCCACUUGAAUGAGGGAACUUGAAUUCUGGACCUCAUGAAGUUUCAGUUAGUGAGUUAGUAGUGGAUUAUUUUUGAUACUUUUAUUACAGAAAGAAAGAAUAAUUGUGGUUGUUGUUGUCUGAUUCAUAAGCUGAUUAGUUCUUAAUUA